GCUAAAAUGACAAGGUACGUAGGUACCUAUUACUGGGUGAUGGGCUCACCUUCACUUUUUGUUUUCUUUCCAUCGCCUAAAUAAACUAUUCAGCACCUUAACCCGCCGGUGACAAUCAAGACUCCCUAGGUGGUCUAUUCAACGAAAAAUCUUUCCAAGAAUGGAUAGGGAAGAUAGAAGCAGCUCCAAGAGACGGAAGCUAGAGUUCAAUCCCCUUCGUUCCGACGACCGCUACUCUUCUCUUCCAAGCCGAAGUCAUCCUUCUCGACCGCAAAAUCGCUUCCAACAUAGCUCCAACUCACGCGCUUCCACUCCUCGCGGCCAAUCUCAUUAUGCGUCAACUCCAAAACAACAAGAAUUCGAUGGUCCGGAACCGCAAGUGAGCUUAGAAGAACAAAAUGCCCUCGACCGAGAUUGGUACGCUGGUGACGAGACUGGUCAUACCUUUGGCGAUGAUUCCCAUAAUCCAUUCGGAUCGUACGAUACCUCGUGGGUCGAACAGCAACAGCGAGAGGCCGAACUGAUCGAGAAAAAGUCCGGAAAGCAUAUGAAUGCGCGUCAACUGCAAAGGCAGAAAGAUAACGAUGCUUGGGAAACUAAUCGCAUGCUUACGUCUGGUGUCGCCCAACGACGAGGCUUAGGCGAUGACUUUGACGAUGAUAAUGAGGGAAUCCGCACUCAUUUACUUGUCCACGAUCUUAAACCCCCUUUUCUAGAUGGACGUACCGUAUUUACCAAGCAGUUGGAACCCGUCCCUGCCGUGAAGGAUUACCAGAGUGAUAUGGCCAUAUUCAGUCGUAAAGGUAGUCGCGUGGUGAAGGAAAGGAGACAGCAACGGGAACGGCAACGACAAGCCCAAGAGGCUACUAAUAUGGCGGGUACUGCGCUUGGAAAUCUUAUGGGUGUAAAGGAAGACGAAGGCGACAGUGCUCUACCAAUAGCCACCGAAGACGACGCCACGAAAUCUGGAGCCAACAAAUUCAGUGAGCACAUGAAAAAGAAUGACGGCGCGAGCGAAUUCAGUCAGAGCAAGACAUUACGUGAGCAGAGAGAAUUCCUGCCCGCAUUCGCGGUGCGAGAGGAUCUUCUAAGAGUCAUUAGGGAUAACCAAGUCGUUAUCGUGGUUGGUGAGACUGGUUCGGGAAAGACGACGCAACUGACGCAGUUCUUAUACGAAGAAGGAUAUGGAGAACGUGGUCUCAUAGGUUGUACACAACCCCGACGAGUCGCAGCCAUGAGCGUGGCGAAACGAGUGGCUGAAGAGAUGGAGGUCAAGCUAGGCAGUACGGUUGGUUAUGCUAUCCGAUUCGAAGACUGCACUAGUAAAGAUACUGUCAUCAAAUAUAUGACAGAUGGUGUUCUACUUCGAGAAUCCCUGAACGAACGAGAUUUGGAUCGCUACUCAUGCGUGAUUAUGGACGAAGCUCACGAGCGAGCCCUGAAUACGGACGUGCUAAUGGGUCUUUUCAAUAAGAUACUACAGCGCCGAAGAGACCUCAAGCUAAUAGUCACAUCAGCUACCAUGAACUCGAAGCGAUUCUCGGAUUUCUUUGGUGGAGCACCCGAAUUCACCAUUCCUGGUCGAACUUUCCCUGUCAAUAUCAUGUUCCACAGGUCGCCAGUUGAAGACUACGUUGACCAAGCCGUUCAGUCGGUGCUUUCAAUCCAUAUAUCACAGGACCCUGGCGAUAUUUUGGUGUUCAUGACAGGUCAAGAAGAUAUUGAGUGCACCUGUGAAUUGGUGCGAGAGCGUCUCGAUGCUCUGAAAGAUCCGCCCAAGCUCAGCAUCCUUCCCAUCUACAGUCAAAUGCCCGCAGAUCUCCAAGCCAAGAUCUUCGAUAGGGCGCCACCCGGAGUUCGGAAAUGUAUUGUGGCUACGAAUAUCGCAGAAACUAGUUUGACAGUCGACGGUAUCAUGUAUGUGGUAGACGCAGGAUAUUCCAAAUUGAAGGUAUACAACCCUCGAAUGGGUAUGGAUACGUUGCAGAUUACUCCAAUAUCGCAAGCGAACGGCGGCCAACGAGCAGGUCGUGCAGGUCGAACUGGUCCGGGCAAAGCAUUCCGUUUAUACACCGAAAAAGCUUACAAGGAUGAACUUUAUAUCCAGACGAUUCCCGAAAUUCAAAGGACGAAUCUCAGCAAUACAGUGCUAUUGCUCAAAUCUUUAGGUGUUCGCGACUUACUCGAUUUCGAUUUUAUGGAUCCGCCUCCGCAAGAUACCAUUACCACUUCUCUUUUCGACCUUUGGGCUCUAGGCGCGUUGGACAACCUCGGGGAACUGACGGAUCUAGGGUCUAAGAUGAAUGCUUUCCCCAUGGACCCAUCUUUGGCGAAACUUCUUAUCAUGUCCGAGGAGUACGGCUGUAGUGAGGAGAUGGUGACUAUUGUCUCUAUGUUGUCCGUCCCUAACGUCUUUUACCGUCCGAAGGAACGGCAAGAAGAGUCAGAUGCGGCACGCGAAAAGUUCUUCGUACCCGAGUCUGAUCAUCUUACUUACCUUCACGUAUAUUCUCAGUGGAAAACAAACGGCCAUUCCGACGGAUGGUGUACCCGUCAUUUUCUACACCCAAAGUCCUUACGCAGGGCAAAGGAAAUUAGAGAUCAGCUUCUAGACAUCAUGAAGAUGCAAAAAAUGCAGAUGAUCAGUUGCGGCACGGAUUGGGACGUCAUUCGCAAGUGCAUCUGUUCGGGCUACUAUCAUCAGGCAGCUAAAGUCAAGGGUAUCGGGGAGUAUAUCAACUUGCGCACAUCGGUUACUGUGCAACUCCAUCCUACAAGUGCGCUCUAUGGUCUUGGCUUCUUGCCGGACUACGUUAUUUACCACGAGCUUAUCCUUACCUCGAAAGAGUACAUGUCUACAGUGACAUCCGUUGAUCCUCAUUGGCUCGCCGAGCUGGGCGGCGUGUUUUAUUCCGUAAAGGAGAAGGGAUAUUCGGCUCGGGAGAAGCGCAUUACCGAGACAGAGUUUAAUCGCAAGAUGGAGAUCGAGGCCAAGAUGGCAGAAGAUAAGAAGAAAUAUGAAGAGCAGAAGCAGCAAGAGGAAGAACGGGCGGCGAAGAAACCCGCGGUAAAGAAUGGGACUAAGAAGAUUAUCACUUCCGGCGCGGUGAAGAAGCCCGUGGCUAAGAGGAAAGGAAGGGGAUUCUAACAAUUUAAGACAUUUUGAAUACAGGUAGAAACCAUAUCUUUACAAUGAUAUGAAACUGGGGUUAUGUUACGGCUUAUACGAAUACAGCUUAUACCCCUUCACGUUGCGGCUUCGUCGAGGUUAUAUGUAGGAUACUCUAUGUUUGGUCUCAUCCCUUAUCUCCGGACCUCGAAGCGGGACUCCCCUUCUUGCACAUCACGGGAUUCUUUGUCGAGUCGUACAACAUGAGCAUGAGUCGGGCCUCUGUCGAGUUCCUUCAGAAACGACUUGAUGGAGUCUUCUUCUCCUUGGGCCUCGCCUUCGACCUAGAUUGUGUGAGUGCAUCUAAUACACAUUACAACGAGAUUGCCUUACUUUGCCAUUCUCGGUAUUUCGGCACCACCCGGUGAUGCUGUGCUCUGCUGCCUUCUUAUGGGCGAAAUAUCGGUAGCUUACGCCUUGGACUCGGCCAUGAGCCAAGAAGUAAACCUGGAUCCGUUUAGUCCGUAAUCAUAACAUUAAACUUAUCUGAAGCAGAAUCCCACA